GAUGUCAGGUUUUUACUGGACAAGCUUCAGGAAUUAAAGCCUACCAUGUUUUGUGGGGUUCCUUGAGUUUAUGAUCGUAUAUACACUGGUAAAACAGAUUCAUCAAUUUGAACUGUAUAGAUGUACUGCUAGUAAAGUUUCAUCUGGUGGUGUGCUUAGGAAGGCCCUUUUCCAGUAUGCAUAUAACUACAAGUUGGCAAAUCUGGAGAAGGGUUUGCCACAAGAAAAAGUGUCACCUCUCUUGGACAAGCUUGUAUUUAACAAGAUAAAACAAGCAUUAGGAGGACGAGUUCGUAUAAUGUUGUCUGGUUCUGCGUCUUUGCCCAGGCAUGUGGAGGAAUUUUUUAGGGUCACCAGCUUCAGCACUUUAUCACAAGGAUAUGAUUUGGGUUUAUGGGAACAGCUUCGAGUCAUUUCUUGUUGCUGUGGUUGUUCCUGACAGAAAGGCCUUGGAGGACAGGACAGCUGAGCAUCAUUUGACUGAUGACUACAAAUCAUUGUGUCAAAAGAUGAAGGCAAGAAAAUACAUUUUGGAUGAGCUCAAUAGCAUGGGUCAGAAA